AUGAGCUCACGCUUUACAGAUUGCAAGGUCAACAAGCGGCCGCUCAAUAGGCAACCGCAGACGACAAGUCCAAGCUCGCGCAUCAUCUACGUUGGCACCAACACCUCUUUCGUUGCCAUUGUCAAGCGCGUGCGCAAAGCAUUGGAGACCUCACCCUCUGGAGUGCGAGGACAGUCAACCCGGGGACUUCCCCUGACUGCGCGUGUAGCAGCAUUGAGUGCGGGAUCUGCUAAAGCCAAGGGAGACAGUGCGUCAGAAGGUGACGAGAUCCUUGUGCGCGGGGCGGGACGAGCCAUCGCAAAGACGCUGCAUAUUGCGGCAUUCUUCACCCGGGAGCGAGACUGCAGGGUUAGUCUGCGCACGCUCACCGAAGGUGCGGUUGAUGAUAUCGUCAUGGACGAUGCCGAGUCAGAGGGUGGCUUUGCGGCUGAGGAAAGUCGUGUUCGUAUGGUCAGCGUACUGGAGGUCGGCGUCCGCUUGAUAUGA